UGUGAGAACUUCCACCAGUCUGAUGCUCUACUACUCCAAAGUUCUUUCAUGUGAGGAAGUUUGACGUCACAACAAAGACGAGAGUAUAACUCGCCACGCAAACUGAAAAGAUAUGAAUGUUCGGAGCACAGUUUGGCUGUGUUUGUCCUCUGUCUAUGUGCAUGUUAUUUGCCAUGUUGUGUGUAGUGGACAUUUGUGCCUCGCUGCUGUCCGACAGUAACAUUCUCACUGGCACACAGACCUGACCUAGAAUUGCUACUUAGAAUUCGGGCUAAACCAUCGCGCCGGAGCGGAGAGGGGGGGGAGACGACAGGAAAUCUUGACUGGGAUGUAAUGGAGUAGGACCACUGGAAAGCUCGGGCGAAAGGGGGGAGACACAUUUCUAUUUUAUAAUGUUACCGUGAUAAUGUUGUGAUUUGACGAGCGUACGCGAUGAAUCCGUCGUUCGAGGAAAACGGAAAUUGAGCUAACAUUCCAGGUGUGAAUGACUUGUGGCUGUAGGGUGUCGUGAGUGGGUCCAGGUUCCUGCACAGCCUCCGUGGCUGACUGGGAGGAGUUGAGUGGAGAGCAGACAUCAGUGCCCAGGGGACCUGAGACCUGGUUCUCCAUAUGAGGCCCUGCUGAAAGGGCAGGGGGGCUUCUGAGUGUGCCUAAGGGCCGUUGAAAGCCCCCUUGGGGGAGUUUCAUAAAUACACACCGAGCAAGAAAAGACUCCUGGACUAUUGUUAUUGUUUUUACACACUUUUUCUCACACACACACACACACACACACACACACACACACACACACACACACACACACAGACACGCGCACACACACACACACACACACACACACACACAGACAAGGACAUAGAGAGAAUGUUGGAGGUCCAAGAGGAGAGGCCAGCGGCGGCAGGUACAGCAGCGACACAUUUCAACAAGAAGGAGCGAGGGAAGAAAGAACGAGAGGAGGCCAAGGACGGUCGGGGAAACCUCUCCAACAUUGGGAAUCCUGUUCCUGGCUCCAGGAACGUGCGCGCAAAGGCGCCGCUCUCCCACACAGGCAGUCCUCACCAGCUCAUCACUCCACCCUGUUCUGUAGUCCUGGGAGCCCCAUCAAUGCACUCCAAUAGGCUAAAGAACUCCCCGUCCACCAACACACAGAGCCCUAAACCUAAGACGGAGGCCAUGGUACGCUCACCUCCUGUCAUGUCCCCCUCCACUGCCACCCAGAUGGACUCUAAAAUGCCCAAUCAGGGUAAACCAGGGAGUACCGGCAGUCAAUCACAGCCCUCACCGUGUGACCCAAAAACUCUGGGUGCCAAGGGGGCUCAGAAUGUGGCAGGGGGCAUGGGGCUGAAGAACGGCCAGGGCCUGACCUCUGGCUCAAGCUCCAAGGUUAAAGUCAAAAGGGAGAGAAGCACCUCAGUGGAGUCAUUUGAACAACCGGAGAGUGGCACACCUACUAGUGAGGAAAAAGACAGCAGCAGGGUGAAGAGGAUGUGUGUUGCAGAGAGGAGGCAGCCGUACAGUGGAGCUGACUGGUGCUCUGGGGGAGAGAGUGACGAAGAUGACAAAGGAUUCUUCAACUGCAACUCCACUGACGUGAAGCCCCAGGACACAGUCACACAUUCUACCUCCAAUGCCGGACUCAGUCGCUCCUCCACACCCUCCCACAAUACACUGGGAGGCCAGGGCUCCACAACAGAACCUCCACCUGGUCAGAAACCAGGCUCAAAACUUGUUUAUGUCUUCACCACAGAGAUGGCCAACAAGGCAGCUGAUGCAGUUCUAACUGGCCAUACAGAAAACAUCAUUGCCUUCCACAUGAAAAACAUCUCCAACAGCAAGGACAAAGCUCACCUCCUGAACAAUGCAGCAAGUGCUCUCCGAAAUGACUCCAAGCCUCCCCAGCAACCCCCUUCCCAUGCCCAAGAUCAGAGUCACCAGCCUGGAUCCAAACCGUCCUUACCUGGCAUGGCAGAGCCAGCCCCACCCCAGCCUUCAAACCAAGGGAACCAGUCUGGUGUUCUUCCACAGGAAGGGUCAUCCUCUGCAAGCAUGGAAUCCAAAAAUCUUCCUGGCAGUAGCCCCAGUAACACGACCACCCCAGUUGACCAGGCCCCUGUCACCCAACCUGAGGCAGGCCUCAACCCUCCAACAGCAGGGGAAGGAGGGCAGGGUGGAGGCUCUGGUGGAGUGGGUCUGACACCCCAGCAGCAGCAACAACAGCAGCAGCUGGCCCAGGAGCUAUUGAACAUGGAGGCUAACACAGAGGGUCUGUCCCAAGAACAGUUGGAGCAUCGCCAGCGCUCUCUGCAGACCUUGCGAGAUAUUCAGCGCAUGCUUUUCCCUGAUGACCGUGAUGCCCCACCACCUGGGCCCCCACAGUCCCAUGGUGGACCCCAUGAUGGAGGUCCUGAUGGUGCACCCCGCAGGGCUGAGCAGGGCCCCUUACAGGCUAUGAUGGCACAGUCUCAGAGCCUUGGUCCGCCAGGUGGGCCAGGAGGACCACGUCCACAAGGUCCACCCUUUGGCCCACCCCAUGGUCCCAGAGAAAUGCCCCCAUUUCCACAGGAUGAAAUGGGUGCACACAUGGGGGGGCCAGUGGGUUGUGGAGAUGGAGAUCAGAUGACCCCAGAACAGGUAGCUUGGUUGAAGCUACAGCAGGAGUUUUAUGAAGAGAAGAGGAAGAAACAAGAAAUGCAACACCGGCCACUUCCUCCAGACAUGAUGAUGCACCCGCAUGGUCCACGUGGCAUGAUGCGUGGGCCCCCACCUCCUUAUCAGAUGGGCCCAGGAGAAAUGUGGGGAGGACCAGGUGGCCCACCAGAGCACUACCAGGAGCGCAUGGCCAUGGGCCCAGGCCCCAGGGGAAUGCCCCCACAUAUGCAGAGGAUGCCUGGCUUCUCUGGGAUGAUGAAUCCGGAAAUGGAGGGACCCCCAAGGCCUGGAAUGGGCUGGCCUGAUGACAUGCCUCCCCGUAUGGGAGAUGCACGAGGCUUCCCUGGAGGACCUGGAGGAAUGUUUGCUGGUCCAGGGGGUCGUGGUGAGCGUUUCCCAAAUCCUCAGUCAGUCCAAGAAGCUAUGUUCCACCCAGGUAUGGGGGGUGAGAAGGGCCUGCCCCCUGGUAUGAUGAUGGACAUGCAAAGGAUGAUGGGGCACCAAAGAGGUGGAAUGGAACCUGGUAAUGGCAUGGGUAUAUUUCCCAGAAUGCCUGGUGAUAGUCCUAUGAGUCCAUCCUCUAGGCUCCAGGGAAUGGGGGGCAGGGAAAUGGGGCCUGAGUUUGGCAUGGGGCCUGGACCUGGGCCAGGACCUCACAUGCACCCUUCCAAACUACGAGACCCGGGCAUGACCAUGAGUCCUGAUGAGAUGAUGAGAAUGAGAGGAGGUGGGGGACCUCCGAUGGAGAGCAUGGGUCCUCAAGGCAGGCCCAUGCAGGGGCCGCCCUUCCCUGAGCAGACACAGCCAGGAGACUUUCCUAUGGGGCCUGGGCGGCCCUUCCCGGGGGGCCCUGGAGGAAUGAGGGGUCCACAUGGAGAACAAGCCUUUGGUCCAGAACACAGAUCUACACCUACAGGAGGUAAUGGUCGUAUUAACCACCUCCCCACUUCUGGUGGCCCCUCACAAGGUCAGAGGAGCCGAAAGCCAGCAGAUCUGAAUGUCCAGGCAGGAGGAGGGAACUCUCCCAGUGUCAACCCACUUAAGUCCCCUCCUUUAAGGCAAGUGCAGUCCCCCAUGAUGGGCUCUCCCUCUGGAAACCUGAAAUCCCCCCAGACACCGUCCCAGCUGGCUGGCAUGCUCACUGGUCCCACAGGCCCCAGUGCUCCUCCAGCUCCUCCAGCUUCAGCACCAAUGAAGUCCCCCCACUCCAUGAUGGGAUCAGCUGGUGCCUCUCCGGUUCAUAUGAGGUCUCCUUCUCUUCCUAACCCCUCCCCAGGAUGGGCUUCCUCACCAAAACCACCCAUGCAGAGUCCUGGAGUACCACCUCAGGGUGGCAAGCCUCCCCUCAGUAUCACCUCACCAAACAUGAUGGGGGGCAUGGAGCCAGGUGGUAACGGGCCUCCCUCAGCCCCUCCUUCAUCAGGGGCUCCAUCUGGCUCCAUGUCCCUCCCAGGCAAUGUCCCGUCUGGCAGUCCGUACACCAUACCCCCUGAGCCAACUUUAUCCCAGAACCCUCUCUCCAUCAUGAUGUCACGCAUGUCCAAGUUUGCAAUGCCAAGCUCUACCCCACUCUACCAUGAUGCCAUAAAGACUGUUGCCAGCUCUGAUGACGACUCGCCCCCGGCUCGCUCCCCGAACCUGCCAUCAGUGAACAAUAAUGGUAUGGCAAUGAAUCAUCAAGGCAAUCCACGUAUGAUGGGACCUGGAAACUCUGGACCCAUGUCUGCCCUCAGCCCUCUGGGUAUGAAUCCAAUGGGAUCCCAGCCACUCUCCCAUGGCAUGCCCCCACAGAUGCCCUCUCCAAAUGCUCCCAACAUGGGCCCAGGCAUGAUGCCUCAUGGCAUGAUGAUACCACCAAAUCCCCAAGAUCCUGGUAUGGGAAACCCUCAAAUGAUGCCCCAGGGACGCAUGGGUUACCCUCAUCGAGGCCAGGCAUACCCCCUCACCCAGUCCCCUUCCCAGCAAGGCCCUUUCUCCCCGCACAACGGUCCUGGUCCCCAAGGUUUCCCUGGCCAUCCCAUGGGCUUCCAGGGAGAGGGAGGGCCUAUGGGAGGGCGGAUGGGAAACAUGCCUCAUGGGGGAGGGGGUGAUGGGGGUAUGUGCAAGCCCAAUACCCCUGGAGGACCAGAGUUCAACAACAUGCAAGGUGGAUUCAGUGAUGCAGACCUUCAUGAGGUGAUGAGGCCGGGAGCUUCUGGCAUUCCUGAGUUUGACCUGUCCAGGAUUAUCCCUUCAGAGAAGCCCAGCCAGACUCUGUCUUACUUUCCCCGAGGUGGGGGAGACAACCCUGGGGUAAAACCACCACACCCCUCUGGCUUUCCCAUGCAGGGCAUGAUGGGCGAUGGUCCGCCACGGAUGGGGAUGUCCAUGCAGGGGAUGGGGGGGAUGCCAGGGGGCCCUGGUGGGGGAAUGGGCCCCCAAGACAUGCCAAUGGGCAACCCUGGCCACAACUCAAUGCGGCCACCGGGAUUCAUGGGCCAAGGCAUGAUGGGCCCCCAGCAUCGGAUGAUGUCCCCUGGGGGUCCGGGAGGGAUGAUGCAGGCAAGACAAAUGGCCCACCCAGGCCCUGGCGGCUCACCUAACAUGAUGAUGUCACUGCAGGGCAUGGGUGGCCCCCCACAGCAGACAAUGAUGAUGGGGGGUCAGAUGAGGCCACGUGACAUGGACAUGGGGUUCAGUCCGGGCCCUGGAAUGUUCUAA